AUAUUCACACCAAAAAGUUCAGAAACAGAAACAGAAACUGCACAUGAUAAAGGAUGACGCGAUAAGUCUGCCACCUGCACCCUUUCUUCUUUCACCUCCAUGCCCUUGCCAAUCCUCUUCCCAAGGCGACGAUCGAUGCCUUCUUCCCCUCUCAUCACAAUUCACAACGCCGUCGAUACACCUUUGGGUUCGGUGACCACCACCACACUCCUUUUCGGUUGUUUUUUUUUUCCUGCACGGGCAACGGAAGGUCCUCCCCUCCUCCCUCGUUCUCCUCCGGGUUUCGCUCUCCCCUUCCUCUUCCACCUGCUGACCUGUCGGCCGUUGCUUCCGCCUGCGACCUCCUUCCUUCCACCACGCACACCCUCCCUAAGCCCUAUCACCUAGUAGGGCAUCAGAUCAGACACACCCUGUUCGUCCUCCUCGUCCCCGAUUUGUUUAGCUGCCGUGGUUCCUCUUUCCGGGGUUCUUGCUUGCACCGAACCCUACCCGGGGACCUAUUAAUGCCCCGGCCGUGACAGAUGCUCGCUGUUCUUGGGACCGGUAGCAGCCUCGCUCUCUCAAAGUCUGACCCUUUUGCUUGCCCCUGCUCCUGCAAACACCCUGCUCCGGGAAGAACCGUGUGUCCCCGGUCGCCGAUCCUGAACUCGGUUUGAUUCCGAGCACCUGGGGUCUUGUUCGAUCGUCCUGCAAAAGAGAUUUCCUUUUUUCUUCAGAGUCCAGCCAGAUUCAGGAGUUCCUUCAUUGAAAAGCUUGCUCUGUUCUCUCGCUCGCCUGCCUUUUUCAGAGCCUUAUUACUCCUUGAAUUCUUCGAGCUGCGAAUUCUUGGCCACUCUUUGAUUGAUUCUUGACACCAAAACAUCUUCGAAUCCCACAUAGUUUCCUCUGAUCAAUCCAGCUUCACACCAGUCAAUCUGUCAUCUCCCCAGCGAAAUCUUCUACUUCCCGGCCUGCUCCGGUUCAGUUCCUCCUGAUCACCCGACCCGGCGGCGCAGCAGUUCUUGAUCGCCGUCCAUGGCGGCGGCCGUGCGCGCCGCGGCGGUGGCGCUGCUGUCAGUGGCGGUGCUGUGCGGCGCGGGCCUCCGGCGGUCGCAGGCUAUCGGCGUGAACUGGGGCACGCAGCUGAGCCACCCGCUGCCGGCGAGCACGGUGGUGCGGCUGCUGCGGGACAACGGCUUCGACAAGGUGAAGCUGUUCGACGCCGAGGACGCCAUCCUCGGCGCGCUCAGGGGCUCGGGCAUCCAGGUCAUGGUCGGCAUCCCCAACGACAUGCUCGCCGACCUCGCCGGCGGCGGCAAGGCCGCCGAGGACUGGGUCGCCAAGAACGUCUCCGGCCACGUCCGCGACGGCGUCGACAUCAGGUACGUGGCCGUGGGUAACGAGCCGUUCCUGGAGACGUUCAACGGGACGUACCUGAAGACGACGUUCCCGGCGAUGCAGAACAUCCAGGCGGCGCUGGUGAAGGCCGGCCUGGCCGACAAGGUGAAGGUGACGGUGCCGCUGAACGCCGACGUGUACCAGUCGCCCACGGGGAAGCCGUCCGACGGCGACUUCCGCGCCGACAUCCACGGCCUGAUGCUCACCAUCGUGCAGUUCCUGGCGUCCACCGGCGCGCCGUUCGUGGCCAACGUGUACCCGUUCAUCAGCCUGUACGCGGACCCCAACUUCCCGCUCGACUACGCCUUCUUCCAGGGCUCCUCGUCGCCGGUGGUCGACGGCGGCGUGACGUACCAGAACACCUUCGACGCCAACCACGACACGCUGGUGGCGGCGCUCCGCCGGAACGGGUUCGGCAACGUGUCGGUCGUGGUCGGCGAGGUCGGGUGGCCGACGGACGGCGACGCGAGCGCGAACCUGGACUACGCUCGGCGGUUCAACCAGGGGUUCCUCACCCACAUCGCCUCCGGCCAGGGCACGCCGCUGCGGCCGGGCCCCGUGGACGCCUACCUCUUCAGCCUCAUCGACGAGGACCGCAAGAGCAUCCAGCCGGGCAACUUCGAGCGCCACUGGGGCAUCUUCAACUACGACGGCACGCCCAAGUACGCGCUCAGCCUCGCCGGCGGCAACGGCUCGACGCUCAAGCCGGCGAGGGGCGUCAGGUACCUGGAGAAGAGGUGGUGCGUGCUCAAGCCGUCGGCGGACCUCGCCGACCAGAAGGUCGGCGACAGCGUCAGCUACGCGUGCGGGCUCGCCGACUGCACGGCGCUCGGGUACAGGACCUCCUGCGGCGGCCUCGACGCCAAGGGCAACGUCUCCUACGCCUUCAACAGCUACUACCAGACCAUGGACCAGGACGCCCGCGCCUGCGACUUCAAGGGCCUCGCCACCACCACCUCCGUCGACCCCACGGCGGGGACGUGCCGCUUCAUCGUCGAGAUCGACGUCGGCGGCGCGGCGGCUAUUAGCUCCGCCCGGGGCGUCGCCGGCGGCGUGGCCUCCGUGCUCGCUGCGCUCGUGCUGAUGUCGUCCAUGUUGCUCUGAUGAGACUGAAGAAGCGCUUCCAAAUCGACCGUGCCGCCCGUGCGCGUUUGUCUUUAAUUAGCUUCUGAUGAGAUGAUUCUUGACACAUGUACUUAGUUGUUGUUCACUUAAUUGACAGAGUUGUUUAUUUUGGUUGGAUAUAAAUCUUUCUUUGAUUUCAAAAUGCCAUGCGUGUCUUGUCAGUUUCUUAUAUGUUUGGAUAAAACUUGUUAUGUACUGACAUGAGGAACCUUUUGCCAAGUGAUAUUAUGCUA